AUGCAAUUAAAGCUUGCCGUAAUUGCUGCAAUUCUAUAUAUAACUAGUGCCACUCGUGGUGGUCAAGUACCUGUCGUGGGCGGAGUCAUUGGAGGGGUUCCAUCCCCUAUACGUACAACAAAAGAGUUUAUCGCCUCGCCUCAAACAAUAAGAAAUGUGACGACCCCUGGUAAACUAAGGGUUGUCGAAAACUCAGGCGUAUGCGAAACAACCCCCGGAAUCUAUCAGGCAUCAGGAUAUGGAGACCUAACAUCUACUGAGAGCAUCUGGUUCUGGUUUUUCGCUUCUCGCAAGAAUCCUGAAAAUGCCCCUCUUGCGCUGUGGUUCAAUGGAGGGCCUGGCAGCUCAAGUAUGAUUGGCCUCUUUCAAGAACACGGGCCAUGCAGGAUCACGAAUGACAGUUCGUCCGUAACUCACAAUCCAUUUUCCUGGAACAACGAGGCGAAUGUUCUGUAUAUUGACCAGCCAGUUGGGGUGGGCUUCUCUUACGGAGACACUAAGGUUGGUACAUCGCAGGAGGCAGCAGCAGAUGUUUGGUCAUUCCUGCAAAUUUUCCUCUCGGACAAGAGGUUCUCGCAUUUGAAAGCAAACAAACUUGCCUUGUGGACCGAGUCCUAUGGUGGUCAUUAUGGCCCAACAUUUGCAGCUCACUUUAUCAAGCAAAAUAUGGCUAUUCAGCAGGGAAAAAUAUCUGGUACGGUUCUCAACUUACAAGUACUCGGUAUAGGUAAUGGAAUCACGAAUCCUCUGGUGCAAUAUCCUGGUUAUCUUGAGUAUGCUGCCUUUAACCCAUACCAUUAUCCUCUGGUCGACGACGCGGUUCUGGACAUGGCAAAUCAAUCGUGGACAACACCUGUAACUGGCUGCAGGGAUCUGAUUAUAGAGUGUAACGGGCCCAAUGGUACCAACUUUAUAUGCUCAGAGGCUCAAGGAUUCUGCAAUGGCAAUAUUCUAUCCCCUUUGGCGGGCAAUUUCGAUGUGUACUAUGUACCGGUUGAGAACCCUGACCCAUACCCACCGCCGUUUGACGAAUACAUCAAUAAAGUCGCAUCAGCAAUUGGAGGAGAGGUGACAUGGAUCCAAUCUAGCGACGACGUUUACAUCAAUUUUGCGACAACAGGUGACUGGAUGAGAGAUUCCAGCCCAGACCUCGAGUUCGUUAUCAAUUCAGGAGUUAGAACGAUCAUCUACGAUGGGGAUGCGGAUUACAUUCUGAAUUUUAAUGGGGUGGAAGCAAUGGUCAAUAAUUUGAAAACGAUUUGGUCCCCAAUUUACAAGACACAGAAGUUUAAGCCCUACUCCGUGCACGGGACGCAGACCGGGAUAUACAAGAACGCCGGGAAGUUUUCCUAUGUUCGUAUCUUUGGAGCUGGACAUGAAGUGCCUGCAUAUAAAUUUGGUAAUUUAGACUACGGAGAGGCAGCAGCCCAGAUGUUUACGCAGAUUAUGCGUGAUGAAUGCCUCUCAAGUACAUAG